GGUCCCGCGGCCGUGCCCGGGAGGUUGCUGAAGUUCGCACGCGAGUUUGUGGACCAAAAGGGGCUCCGGGGGCGGGCCGGGACGGCACCCCGCGGGGCCUGCGGGGCUGUGGUGGCCACGACUGCUCCCUCGUGGGGACUUUGCUCCCUGGGCUUGAAAGGGAGCAGGUGUCAGGACGGCCUUAGACGAGCGUUUUCAGAUCAGGUGGCUUGAGCGGGUUUGGUUUGGUUUCGCUUUGCUUUUGUUUUCCGAGCUCCCACUUUCAGAAAUAGAAGAAAGUGCGGGAGUCGCUCGGGCCUGGCUCGGGCGCGGCCUCCACGGGGCAGCACCCGGUGCCACACGCAAGCUGCGUUCCUCCAAGGUCGCGGGCUUUGGGAAUGCAGCGAUUUCGGCUGGAAAAUGACGACUCUGGGACGUCUGCUUCCUAAUCUUGAGAUUUGGAGUGUUCGUGGGCAGCGGUGGGGCGGGAGAACUCUGUACCGACUUGCUAGGAUGUCGGAGAACCUCGGAAAGUAAUUGCUGGAUUUAGAAAAAUGUCUGUCUUACGCUGGUAGGGAACAAAGAUACACUAUUAUUCCUCAAAUAAUUGACCUAUUUUAUCCAGUUCGCUAAUGAAAACAGACUUUGUCAGCAACAUCUUGAGUUCCUCAGCCGAUGGCUUUUCAAACACAAAAGCUGUAGUUACUGCCAAGAACCAGAGGUUGAAGUUUUUCGUGAUCCGAAGUGAUGCCUUGACUACUAUCCACUGGAUCAGCCUUGCUCCUAGGUCCGGCCCAGGGUCAGAUGCAGGCCCCACCGGGGCCAGGUUAUGGACUGCAUGGCCAGGACUACGCCGCUCCCUCGGGACCUUACUCCCCGGGACCUGGGAAGGCUGGCCCGGAGGGCCAGGGCCGGUGCGGCGGGUACUACUCUGGUCCCCGUCCAGGACCGGCCGGCCUGGGCCUGGCCGGCGUGCAGCGGGGCUACGUUGGGGGAAUCGCUGCGUUCGGGAACUACCACGGCAGCCCCGCCGCUGCCCCUCAGGGGUUUCCUGCGACCUGCAGCCCUCAGCUGGCGCCCACCUCCUGCCGCUCCUCUCUGCCUGCUGGAAGCCCCCACGCGUCCGUGCUUGCCGCCGCCACCGGCUGGAGUGCGCCCCUCACACCUGUGCCUUUGCCGCCCCCGCCGGGCUACAGCGCCUCGCCGUGGUCGGUGCAGGCCCCGGACCGUCUCCUGCGAAACCACGCGGGACCCUCGGCUUCCGCCGGCAGCAGCCCUGCAAACCCGGUUGCAGACUCUCUAGCCUAUCCUGGCAGGCAGAAUGCCCCACCUCCCAGGUCCAGCCCGGUGAUGUCCACUGUGUUGCCAGGAGCCCCGUCACCAAGAGCGCCACCUGCCGGGAAGCACCCCAGGGAGCCUGUGGCCUUGGGUGUCCCACUGCCAGGGCUGCCACCGCAGAAAGGCAUGCAGUAUGGUGACUGUGUUAAUAACCAAGCUAGCUCCGCACCGACUCCCUUGUCAUCAGCUUCCGAUGAUGAGGAAGAGGAGGAGGAUGAGGAAGCAGGUGUGGACAGCUCUUCCACCACAAGCAGUGCUUCCCCGGUGCCCAACAGCUAUGAUGCCCUGGAAGGGGGCGGCUACCCAGAUGUGCAUUCUUCCUCGGCCAGCAGCCCUGCGCCGGACCAUGCGCCCGAGCCAGACCCUGCGCCCGCCGCCCCUCUGUCUGCGAAGGUGAUGGCCAAGCCCUUCGGCCACGGCUACCCCACGCUGCAGCCUGGCUACCAGACCACCGCCGCGCCACCCAGUGCGGGCACCUUCGCGCAGUACCCACAGCAGCACCCGGGUGUGAACCAGCUGUCGUCUGCACUGGGAGGACUGAGUCUUCAGAGCUCCCCACAGCCCGAAAGCCUGCGGCCCAUCAACCUCACACAGGAGAGGGAUGUCCUGCCCGCCACUCCUGUCUGGGCUCCUGUACCUAACCUGAACUUGGACCUCAGAAAGCUCAACUGCAGCCCAGAUUCCUUCCGGUGUACUCUGACCAGUAUCCCACAGACACAGGCGCUGCUGAAUAAAGCCAAGCUUCCCUUGGGCCUGCUGUUACAUCCCUUCAGAGACCUGACGCAAUUACCAGUGAUAACGUCGAACACCAUCGUGCGGUGCCGAUCCUGCCGGACAUACAUCAACCCUUUCGUGUCCUUCAUCGAUCAGCGUAGGUGGAAGUGCAACCUGUGCUACAGAGUCAACGACGUUCCUGAAGAGUUCAUGUACAACCCCCUUACACGGUCUUAUGGAGAACCUCAUAAACGACCUGAAGUUCAGAAUUCAACCGUGGAGUUCAUCGCGUCCUCCGAUUACAUGCUCCGCCCUCCUCAGCCUGCGGUCUACCUGUUUGUUCUAGACGUGUCUCACAACGCCAUGGAAGCCGGGUACUUGGCAGUUCUGUGCCAGUCGCUGUUAGAAAACUUAGACAAGCUUCCUGGAGAUUCACGAACAAGAAUAGGAUUCAUGACCUUUGACAGCACCAUUCAUUUCUACAAUUUACAAGAGGGCUUCUCACAGCCCCAGAUGCUGAUUGUGUCGGACAUAGAUGAUGUUUUUCUGCCUACACCAGAUGGUUUGCUUGUGAAUCUAUAUGAGAGCAGAGAGCUUAUAAAGGUCUUGUUGAACGCAUUGCCAAAUAUGUUCACCAGCACGAGAGAAACACACAGUGCCCUCGGCCCGGCGCUUCAGGCCGCCUUUAAAUUAAUGUCUCCAACAGGUGGCCGUGUGUCUGUAUUCCAGACACAGCUGCCUUCCUUGGGCGCAGGGCUGCUGCAGUCCCGAGAAGAUCCCAACCAGAGGUCUAGCACGAAGGUGGUGCAACACCUUGGCCCUGCAACCGACUUCUACAAGAAGCUGGCUCUGGACUGCUCAGGCCAGCAGACGGCAGUGGACCUCUUCCUCUUGAGCUCACAGUACUCCGACCUGUCUUCUCUCGCUUGCAUGUCCAGAUAUUCUGCAGGGUGCAUCUACUAUUACCCGUCUUUCCACUGUACACACAACCCUUCCCAAAUGGAGAAGCUGCAGAAAGACCUAAAGCGGUACCUCACGAGGAAGAUCGGAUUUGAAGCCGUGAUGCGGAUACGGUGUACGAAAGGUCUUUCGAUGCACACCUUCCAUGGGAACUUCUUCGUCCGGUCCACUGACUUGCUGUCUCUCGCCAACAUCAACCCUGAUGCUGGCUUCGCGGUGCAGCUGUCCAUUGAGGAGAGCCUGACGGACACCUCCCUGGUGUGCUUCCAGACAGCGCUGCUCUACACGUCCAGCAAAGGUGAGAGGCGGAUCCGAGUCCAUACCCUCUGCCUACCAGUGGUGAGCUCACUAGCAGAGGUGCACGCAGGAGCAGACGUGCAGGCUGCCAUCUGUCUUCUUGCAAACAUGGCUGUGGAUCGAUCCAUCUCAUCGAGUCUGUCAGAUGCCAGAGACGCCUUAGUGAAUGCAGUCGUGGACUCGCUGUCUGCAUAUGGCUCCACUGUCUCAAACUUACGGCACUCGGGCUUAAUGGCGCCCGCCUCCCUCAAGCUGUUUCCUCUCUAUGUCCUGGCUCUCCUCAAACAGAAAGCGUUUAGAACGGGUACGAGUACGCGGCUGGAUGACCGGGUGUAUGCUAUGUGCCAGAUCAAGUCCCAGCCGCUCGUCCAUCUGAUGAGAAUGAUUCACCCCAACUUACACAGGAUAGACAGGCUGACGGAUGAGGGUGCGAUCCAUGUGAACGACAGGGUGGUGCCUCAGCCCCCUCUCCAGAAGCUGUCUGCGGAGAAGCUGACGCGAGAGGGCGCCUUCCUCAUGGACUGUGGCUCAGUUUUUUACAUUUGGAUUGGAAAAGACUGUGACAGUAACUUCAUAGAGGAUGUGCUCGGGUUCCCUAAUUUUGCAUCAAUACCACAGAAAAUGACCCAUCUUCCAGAGCUGGACACACUCGCGUCAGAGAGAACCAGAUCCUUCCUGACGUGGCUUCAGGACAGCAGACCACUGAGCCCGGUGCUGCACGUGGUAAAAGAUGAGAGUCCUGCCAAAAUGGAGUUCUUCCAGCAUUUGGUAGAAGACCGGACAGAAGCCGCGUUCUCGUACUAUGAGUUUCUGCUUCACGUCCAGCAGCAGAUUUCUAAGUGAAGCAGGACGAGAGUGACCGAGGAGACAAGACGCAUGACCUAGGUAACGCAUAGUCUCUCGCAGAAGCACACGGGGACCUUGUCACAGACACGGUGCACACUGCGCGCACUUGCUUGCUCUCUGUGGGGCCUCGGAGACAGACGGAAGGGAGGAGCUGGCACCGCCAGGCCAUGGUGCCGUCCCCCGGUGCUGGUUCACCAGUCGCGCAGAGCUCUGCGCUCUCCUCUCGAGCUGGCGGUUUCCGCAGCCGCAGCCCUGUGGAAUGACGUGUCACAGUGUAACGUAGCUGCGUUGGUUUUCUUAUGAGUCACACGACGUUUCUGGACUCGAGCUCUGGCCAGAGGCAGCAGUAUAGGGCUCCUCGUUUGUAUGAGUUACUUUUUGACAAGGAAUGACUCCUACUCAUUGAAUGAAUUCAGCAUUUUUCCUGUAAAGACAAUAGCGUUUCCAUAAAUGAGCUAUAGCGAAGUAUAUAUAUGAUGUACAUAAAUGUUACAUUUGUAAAGAAAAUGUAAAAAUGUAACUACAGAAUAUGAAUUGCUUAGGCUGUGCUGCAUUGUUGGAUGACAGCUCUUCGUCCCAGUAGAGUGAGAUUGACUAAUGCGUAUUAUGAAUUCAGGCCACAGAAACACAAAGCUCUUUGUAAUUCUGUUAAAUCUUUUAUGUGGAUUUAUUUAUGAUCAGCCUACUAAUUAAAAAUAUUUUGCUUGACAGUU